GAACGCAUGGCAAUGUGGAGUCGUAUCCAAGGCGGCCGUUCAGUAGGCGGAUUUUGUGAGAUAAUUGGCGAAAAAGAGGCAGCGAUUGCUGUCGCGCAAUUCACAAUCGACACAGACGUGCUUGAUCAAUUCAGAGCAGUUGACUCCAAAGCACUAAGCACG